AUGGGAACUCCUGGAUCAGGACGGAAGAGAACUCCAGUGAAAGACAGGUUUUCUGCAGAAGAUGAAGCUCUUAAUAACAUUGCCAGAGAGGCAGAAGCCAGGCUUGCAGCCAAGCGGGCAGCUCGAGCAGAAGCAAGAGAUAUCCGUAUGAAAGAGCUGGAGCGACAGCAAAAAGAGGAAGAUUCAGAGAGGGCCAGGUAUUCUCACCGGUCCAGUCGACAUUCAUAUUUGGGAAAGGAGAAUGCUUUAAGUCUUUCAAGUAUUUGCAGUUUUGAAAGUCAUGCUUACAGUGAAUCUCACAGUUCAAAGAAGAAAGCUGUGUAUUCCCAUAAAGAUUUAUUGGCAUCUUUGUGUGGUGAUGGAUUGCAUAGCUCAUAUAGUUCUCGCACUCUGGAAGAAAAGAGUGAAAAAUCACAUUCAGAAAUAUUUUCCAGGCCAUCAUCUCGCAAUUCAAUAAGCGCAACUCCUCUGAGUGGCAACUCAUCUAGGAGAGGAAGUGGAGACACUGGCAGUUUGGUGGAUCCUGAUGCCUCCCUCAGUGAAUUACGGGAUUCGCUAGCUGAAGUUGAGGAGAAGUACAAGAAAGCUAUGGUUUCCAAUGCUCAACUAGACAAUGAGAAAAACAACCUGAUUUACCAAGUGGAUACCCUAAAGGAUGUCAUUGAGGAGAAGGAAGAACAGAUAGCAGAGUUCUAUAGGGAGAAUGAAGAGAAGACAAAGGAGUUGGAAAGACAAAAACAUACAUGCAGUGUUCUGCAGCAUAAGCUGGCUGAACUUAAAGAGGGCCUUCGACAGAGAGACGAAUUGAUAGAGGAGAAUCAACGCAUGCAGCAGAAUAUAGACUCCAUAACCAAAGAGGUGUUUGAUCUCCAGGAGACAAUUAAUUGGAAAGAUAAAAAAAUAGGGAAACAUGGUUUAGUUAUAAUUCCAGAUGGCACACCAAACGGUGAUGUGAACCAUGAAUCAGUGGUUGGUGCAAUAACGGUUGUAUCGCAGGAAGCUGCUCAAGUCUUGGAAUCUGCAGGAGAAGGACCACUAGAUGUCCGGCUACGAAAACUGGCUGGAGAGAAGGAGGAAUUACUGACCCAGGUUAGAAAACUGAAGAUGCAGUUGGAAGAAGAACGACAGAAAUAUUCUAAAAGUGACGGCAUGAAUCCCGAUAUCAUGGGCUUAGAGAAUGGUUCUGACUUGCAACUCAUUGAAAUGCAGAGAGAUGCCAACAGGCAAAUUAGUGAAUACAAAUUUAAACUUUCAAAAGCUGAACAAGAUAUAACAACCUUGGAACAAAACAUUGGACGACUUGAGGGGCAGGUAACACGGUAUAAAAAUGCAGCAGAAAAUGCAGAAAAAAUAGAAGAUGAACUCAAAGCUGAAAAGAGGAAGCUUCAACGGGAGUUGAGAAUGGCACUGGAUAAGAUAGAAGAGAUGGAGAUGACCAAUAGCCACUUAAUGAAAAGGCUGGAGAAGAUGAAGGCAAAUAGGACUGCGCUUUUAUCUCAACAGUGAAGUGGAAAUGGAAACUAUGAUGCACUGCUCCUUGAAUAACUAGCCCCUAGCUUGUUUUCAAAUACAGACUUUCAUUGGCACAAAGUAUUCGAACGCUGAGCUGUUCAUUGGUGGUUUAGUUUCAUAAUUGAACAGCUUCCUUCUUUUGGUAACUUAUGAGAGAAUGAAAUGUAGUUUGACUUCCCCUGUGAGUGACAACAAUUUCUCUGUAGCAUUUGAUUCUAGCUCAGAGCUGGAGCACGAUGCUGUAUGUUCAACUUAGCGAUAGGAAAUGUUUUUACAACUGUGGAAUCAAGUUUACUCACGAUCUCUUUUGGCUGCUUUAAUGAUGCUUGAUGCUUGGAGACAACUGCAUGAAUUCAAGAAGACACUGUAUUACUGUGUUAUCAACUAACAUAUAUCUGCUCAAGACAUCACACAGCACAAGUGCCUUUUACCUGGUGCAAUUUAGACUUCAUUGUUGAAAUAACCUUUGAAAUCAGAUAACGUUUUAUUUUAAGAUACA